CUCGAGGGUCCUCGAUCGGACCACCUCCAUCACAAUCGGCACAUCUAUCUGUGCAACCACACUUGUGCAUACACCCACGACGAGCAGCAACACCCAGCUGUUGGGCAUAGCACGCAUCCCAGCCCCCGCAGCACGCACGCACGCACGUUCGCCGCUCCCUCCGCUCCCCACCCGACCCCGCACAAUGGGCCUCGACACCGAUCUGACAGCCGUGCCGACGGCCGAGCUCCAGCGCGCGCUGGAGCCCAUCUCGGUGCCCACCGCGUCCCCGCUCGCCUUCUUCACCAACUGGGCGCGCACAUUCCAGUGCCACCCGGCGCGCGUGUUCGCGCCCACGACCCCGCUGCAGUGCCGCCAGAUCGUCGAGCUCGCGCGCCGCGAGAAGGCGACGGUGCACCCCGUCGGCGUGGGCCACUCGCCGUCCGACCUAGCGUGCACCAACGGCUGGCUGGUGCGCAUGGAGGGUGUGAAGGGUUUGAUUAGCCUCUCGCACACGGCCAACACGGCCACGUUCCGCGCCGGCACGACGCUGCACGAGGUGCACGCUGCGCUGCUGGCCGCCGAGCCGCCGCUCGCGCUCCGCAACGUCGGCUCGAUCUCGGACCAGACGAUCGGCGGGCUGAUCAGCACGGCGACGCACGGCACGGGCGUGAGCUACCAGGUCGUGUCGGGCGACGUGCGCUCGCUCGACCUCGUCCUCCCGACUGAGGGCGCGCCGGUCGUGCACACGUCCCCGACGGAGGACCCCGAGCUGUUCAAGGCGAGCCAGUGCGGCCUCGGCGCCACGGGCCUCAUCUUGACGGUUGAGAUUGCCGUCGAGCCGGCGUACCGCCUCGAAGAGCACAAGCAGAGCUACGACAACCUUGACGAGGUGUUCGAGAACAUUAACGAGAUCAAGGGGACCGCGCAGCACGUCCGCGCAUGGUGGUACCCCGCUGCAAGGGGCAUCAUCGUGGCGCGCGCGAACAGGACCUACGUGCCCCCGCAGCCCAAGCCCUCCCUCCUCAACCACUUCCUCGGCUUCCACGUCACCCAGUUCCUCCUGUUCGUCUCCCGCUACUGGCGCAACUUUACGCCGUACGUCGGGCGGUGGGCGUACUUCCUCGCACGGGGGUCGCACACGGCCAUUGACCACAGCCACAAGAUCUUCAACUUUGACUGUCUGUUCCCGCAGUACACGUCCGAGUGGGCGCUCGACGCGGCGCAGGCCCGCGCGGCCCUCGACGAGAUCAAGGUCUGGCUCGACGACGAGGCCGCCGACCCCAACGGCCAGCGCGUGCACUUCCCCAUCGAGAUCCGCUGGUCGGCCGCCGACGACAUCUGGCUCUCGCCCUCGGAGGGCCGCGAGACGGUGUGGAUCGGCCUCGUGACCUUCCGCCCGUAUGGGCUCGCCGUGCCGUACCGCGUCUUCCAGAACCGGUUUGCGCAGAUCUGCGCCGCGCACGGCGGACGGCCCCACUGGGCAAAGGAGCACAACUUGACCCCCAAGGGCGUCGAGGCGCUCUACCCCAAGUUUGAGGACUUUAAGCGCGUCGUCGCUCGCGUCGACCCCGACGGCGUGCUCCGGUCAGAGUACACCCGCAGACACUUUGAUGGUGAGGAUAUCGACGCUAGGUUCUUCAAGGAGCGCCGCGGGUAGGCGGCGCGGGAGGUGUGAGCGAGCAUUAGACGACUUGAUAGAUGGGUUCAUGGACUAGCUAGGGACACAACACAUGCAUGUAUGCAGGAUAUGACAGGC